AACGUUAGGAUGCUCUUCUAUUCAGUUCAACUAAUCCACAAUACACACACGCUCUGUUCUCUGUUUCAAACAUUUGUUUCUCUCUCAAAGCAACUACAGAAAUCAAAUGGCAGCCUAUUUUGAAUUCAAGGAGGAAGAUAUGGCGGUCGACGAGAGCGUUGGGUACCCAAGGUCCUAUGCAAAGCUGUGUAGAGAUCGUGGAGCUGCUGGGACUUAUAGCCACGGCCCUCCAUUCACUUUCCUCCCAUGUGCACUGCAGCAACACGAGAUUCAAAGAGCAAAGGAGUUAGAACAAAUGUUCCCAAUUAUUCAUCCAAAAGCAAAGCCAACAGCCAAACCCAAGAUUUUUGCUGGUCUAUUGUGGAAGCAACUCAAUCACCUAGGGAAUGCUGGUUUUGAUCCUGAAGUAAUUCGAGUAGAUCCAUAUGGCAAUGUUUUAUAUUUCCAUGCUGAUAGGGCCUCUCCUCUUGCUUGGGACAUUGACCAUUGGUUUCCUUGCCAAAGGGGAGGAUUAACAGUUCCAAGUAAUCUGAGGAUACUUCAAUGGCAAGUGUGCAAGAGAAAGCAUAAUAAGUUGGAGUUUCUUGUUCCAUGGUGGGAUCUUCAGCUGGGAAUUUCUGUGAACCAGUUUUUAUCCAUAUUUGCUUCUUCUAAUUCAGAUUUCAGGCAUAGGGCAUUUUCAUUUUUUUUCUCAGAAGGUGAAAAUGAAGAACUAAAUGCUUCACAGACUGUGGAUUCACAUUCUUUUCCGCAACAUUUCAUUGAAUCAAAAGAGCAACUAGGCCUUGCUCCAGCUGCCAUCGUUGUAUCUCGAAAAGAGUCAUAUGAUACUUCAUUGGCUUUGAAAUCAGUGGAUUACAAUAGGCAGAUAAGGCCACAUUCUCCUGCAAUUGCUGCCAGAAAAGUAAAGCCCGGUGACUUGAAAGAAAAUGAGAAUCCUGACUUUGUUACAAACCCCUACCAAGCCAUUGUCAUGGCCAGGGAUUCUCUGAAGCAAAGAGAAGAGGCUCACAAGAUGCAAGUUGAAAUACAGAAAUUAGAUGAUGAAGUUAACGAAAUAAGGAGGAAGAAUGAUGAGGAAAAACUUGCUAUUCAGGACUUGGAGUUGGCACUGAUAAAGCGUAGGAGAAGGGCAGAAAAGUGCAGACGGCUAGCUGAGGCACAAUCUUCAUAUAGGACUAUGUUAGAGAAGAUGAUUCGAGAUGCUAUGCACCAGAGUGUCAUUUACAAGGAACAAGUGAGACUGAACCAGGCUGCAACUAAUGCACUAAUGGCAAGGCUUGAAGCACAGAAGGCAAUUUGUGAUUCAUCAGAGAAAGAUCUCCACAAGAAAUUCAAACAACGAGAUGAGAUUGAAAAACAGAUAAGGCCUGAAAUGGAACAUGCAAGAAAGAGAUCAAGAAUGGAUGAUAUACUAUUUGAAGAUAGAGACCAUAAAGCUAUUCUUUAUUUGCCAGGAAACAUGCCAAAUACACCAACUACGCACAAGGAGCUGAGAGUAUUUCUAGAGGAGGAACAGAAAGCAUCUGAAGCUGCCUUAUCUGCAAAUGAAGAUGGGAAGCAUGAAGAAAUUGAAGAAAAGCCGAAAACACCUGCGAAAAAUAUUUUUAGAGAGAAUCCUGAAGAGCAUAAUAAAUCCAUUAUUGCCUUGGAUAAUUAUGAAAUCCCAAUUGAGCAUAAGCUUCAGGCACUAGAAAUAGGUGAAGGGAAGAGAGACAAGAUACAGUUUCCAGUUAUUAGAGGAGACGAAAUAGAGGAAGAUGAGGAGAGCAGGAAGCUACGUGGGAAAGGAAAUGUAGAGAGGUGGUUAAAAUUGUUGCUAGAGAAGUCUCAAGAUGAGUUAGAAGAACCUGAAAAUUCAAGUGGCAAUGGGAACUCCAGGGCUGAUGAUAUCAUUACAAAGCUGAAUCAAGUUUUCCCACAGAAGGAGGCGCGUCCAGGAUUUGACAAGGAGAUUUUAACACAUGCUCCUGAUGAAAAGCAGCAACAAGUAAUCCAACAGAAGGAUAAAGGAAAGAAGAAGGUAGAGGAAAUUGUUGAGGUAGAAGCAAACAAGACACUAGCAAGUGUAGGGAUUGAAAAUAACAAGAGUUUUGAAGGGAAAGAAAGAGCUCUGGUAAGGUCUGAAAGUGCCAGGACCUUGCGGCGAAUCCCAUCUUCUCCUUUGCUCUUGGGUAUGAGGAAGAAGAAGUCUAUGGUAACUGGUGAUGAUGACUGCAAUGGGGAUUAUGCUACAAGGAACAGCUUCAUCAAGUCAUCCAUCAAAACUAUCAAGAAAGCAGUGAAAAUAUGAAACUUCAAUUCAUGCAUGUUAGGGCAUUUGUAUUAUAUCUACAUUGAUUCAUUCCUUUUCUUCAUUUCAAUUUUUUUGGAGUGCCAUGGCUAUAAAAGCUGAAUAAUCGAGUGAAAUCUAUGUACAUUUAGUCUUUGGUUUGUGGAUGAGAUUGCUUCUAUAAAUAGAUGUGUGAUAACGACUUGUUGUGUUGUUAAUAAACUGAACUUUCAACAA